AAAACACACCUCAUUGGUACAGAAUCUCAUAUUGUAUCACCAUUUUAAUCACUGUUCCAACAUUUGUAAGAUGGAUCCCAAGUGUGCUAGGACCGCCGUUGGAAGCGACGCGUUGCGGUUGGACCCCUUAAUGCCAAAGGAUGACAGUACCAUGACAGAUUUCCAAAGAGAAAUGCUGCUGGCAGAACAACAUGCCGAAAUUUUGAAGAAACGCCAACGUGAACGUCUAUUCAACACAAAAGGUCUACUUAAACGUGUGAAUGAUGGGUCUGAAAUACCCCAAAGCAGUGCCAUGGACACAGAAGACUUUGAUACGAUGACCAAUAUAAACGAUGAUAUAACGGUGAAGAUGAAUAGAAGCAAUAGAUCAGAUACGUUAUUUACUGAUGAUGCGCGAACUCUAGAACCUGCUCCGGUGAUUCUAGUAAACAGAGCACGAAUAUCUAGGAUCAGGGCACUGCAUAUCAUGGAUCAUCCAAACCGUUCUAAAUACUUGGUUGGUAGUAUUUUACACAUAUUCGUUAACCCUGAUGCAUCACCAGACUCCAUCAGCUCGCAGUACCCUCAUCUCAUCAACUCCCAUGUUAUAUUUCAUGUUGAGCGAUUAAUAACUUCAGAGGAUUAUCCAGUAUAUGGUAGCACAACAGGCAACAAUUGUGAUCAUGACAUUUAUGAGUAUCUAGGUAAAACCAUGUAUUGCCUUUUGGGGAGGGUAAUGACAGAGCCUCUGUCAGAAGUCUUGUGUAGGGUUGGAUUGAAUGAAAUAUGCAGCUCUCCUAUUACGCAAGAACAGAUAAAGUUCGGCGGUGCCAAUCUACUGCGAGAUUUAAAUAGGGUAGCAAUUAACCUUCGAAAUUUUACCUUCACUGACGAUGACGUACGCCAGAUUUUGGAGAAAAGGUUAUUCAAAGAAUCGGAUGACGACGUAACAUUUCAGGGGGGACGGAGCCAACUUAUUACUACAAUACAGCGAACAUCACAUGAAAUAGAGUUACUUACUGAAAUAGUAAAGAAUGAUGCGUCCAAGGUUGAAAAGCUGCGGGCAUUGGAAGCUCGUAAGGAGAAACUAGAGCAGCAUCUAUCAUCUAUGAAAACCCCUGUACGUAACCGUCUAUUUAUCAAAAACUGUCCUAUCUUGAGAGCCAAAAACGAACCUUCGGCACGUGGUGGAGCUAUACGCAAAGUAACGCAACCUACUCCAAUGAUAUUGUUCAACCAUCCAACACCGCAGGAAUUGGUCAUGAAUGAACAACGCAACCUAGAACCAAAAGGUAUUGCCGAUUUGAGCUUUAAGCAGCAAGAAGAAUUGGUGGUAGCUUAUUUAGAGCACGUCGGUCAUGUUGAUAUUGACGAACUUAUGAAAUCGAAGGAUUCUGUCCAAGAUGCAGAAAAUAAUUUUCUGCUCCACGACUAUCUCGUUUCAUUUGAAACAUAUCGGAACUCUAAUUUGUAGA